CUGAUUGGCUGGCAGUUUGAGGUAAAGCAUUUGUCUGACCAAUAGACUAUGAUCAAGUGUCUUCUCAGUUUACACAGAAACCCAUGGGGAACAUAUAUAAAACCAUGUGCUGUGGGAGUGCACAGCAGAUUCAAAGUGAGUCUAUCGUUUACAUCGUCACUACCAGAAGAUCUAUUAUCUCUCGGUAAUCAUGAUAAUGUUUAAGCUCUGGACGCUCCUUCUUGCCUAUGCACUGAUCAUUUGUCAGAUGUACAUCUCACAGGCAGCUCCAUCCAGAACAAGUAAGGAGUCCAUGACAGACGGACUCACACUAUCAGACGAAGAUGCUCAAAGGUUACUCAAAGCUGUCAAGGAGUUCAUGCAGAUCACCUCAGAUGAGCAAACAGCUGACGGUAACAGCAAUGCUACAGUACAAAAGCGGGGCUGCAACACAUCCACCUGUGUAACCCACCGUUUGGCUGACUUUUUGAGUCGGUCAGGGGGUCUGGGACACAGCAACUAUGUUCCCACCAACGUUGGUGCCCAGGCGUUUGGCAGGCGGAAGCGGUAUGGUCCUGUGUGAGCACAAGACCAGAUACAGGGGCAAAGUCCCUCUUCUCUUGAGUGACAAAACUGCAUCAUCAUCCACUUCUACACACUUUAAAAUGAGUGUCAUUUAAAAAAAUAUCCAUCAUAAACAUGGACUGAUAUGUUGCCUUUAGAAUACCAGACAGCUGCCUGUAGUCAUUGUUAGUCUGUGCUUUAAAACAGCAUUAGUGUCAUCGUGGAAAGGCAAUGAGGAAGAUUUGCUUUCCCUCAGAAGGAGAAUGAAAGAUUUCUUCCUCUGUCUUGGCCUGUGGCUAAACUGCACUUCUGACCUGUGGCUGCAGCAUAGUGUUUUCAACUGGAAGUCUGACACUGUACAUCUACUGACACAACCUUCAACAGCUGUGGUUGUCUUGUGCCUUGAUGUGAAACUAUUCAUUAUAUGUCAUAGUAAACAGAACAAGUGUGAAAAACUGUAUUUCUAAAUAUUCUAAAUAUUCAAAUAACUGUGUUUUGAAAGCUGGAAUAAAUUGUAUUUUAGCUACAUUAGGCUGUCCUGUCUCACUGUGUUGUUUGAAAAGGUUUUUAUUGAUUAAUUUAAAAAAAUGUACACAUAAAGUGGUAUUGUAAAAAAAGUUUUUUUUUCAGAAAAUCAAAGCAUGUGAUGUAGAUCAUCAAAAAACUUGAUUAAAGAAUAAUUGUUG